GAACCUCGAGCCCCCCCCGCAUGCAAAUCACGUCUGCGCUCGAGCCUCUCCAUUGGCCGUCUCGCGCUCAUUUAGCUGCUGUCAAAGCGCGCGGCCCGGGCACGCUCCGGUAACUUUUCCCCACUACAGCUUCAACCAAAGUAAGCUCAAACAAGCGGUUUCCAUUCUUCUCUGCGCUCGUGGAUGACAGAGGGGGGAGAAAAAAGAGGAGGAAAAAAAAGUGGUGAAAACUGAGGAAGUGCGGGAGCAGGUUUACCUCUGAGCGGAUUUCAUCCCCUCUCUCUGCUUCUUUCACUCUUCAUCCAUCUCUCCCUCGGAGGUUUAGCUGCUGCGCGCGGGCCAGCCUGAAUGUUUCUUCGUGUUUGACUGGUGUCCCACAAAGACGAGGUGAAUGUACAGCAUCAUGAUGGAAACGGACUUACAUUCCCCCGUGGUGCCCCAGACCAACCCGUCCAACCCGGGGGGACACGCGGGAGGCGGAGGCGGGGGGGCCGGAGGCAAAGUCCCACAGGAGAGGAUCAAGAGACCCAUGAACGCCUUCAUGGUGUGGUCCCGGGGUCAGCGGAGGAAAAUGGCACAGGAGAACCCCAAGAUGCACAACUCGGAGAUCAGCAAGCGGCUGGGCGCGGAGUGGAAAGUGAUGACGGAGGCGGAGAAGAGGCCGUUCAUCGACGAGGCGAAGCGGCUCCGGGCCAUGCACAUGAAGGAACACCCGGACUACAAGUACCGGCCGCGGAGAAAGACCAAGACGCUACUGAAGAAGGACAAAUACUCGCUGGCCGGCGGGCUCCUCGGCUCCUCAGCGGCUGUGGGGAUGGGCGGCGGGCAGCGGCUGGAGAGCCCCGGAGGGGGGCACGCGGGGGCAAACGCGGGCUACGCCACGCACGUGAACGGCUGGGCCAACGGCGCGUACUCGGGCCAGGUGGCGGCGGCAGCGGCGGCGGCUCAUGCCAUGAUGCAGGAGGCGCAGCUGGCAUACACGCAACACCCGGGCACCGGGGCUCACCCGCACCACCCGCACCCGCACCAUCACCCGCACCACCAUCCGCACAACCCGCAGCCCGUGCACAGGUACGACAUGAGCGCCUUAUCUUACAGCCCCAUCUCAAACUCUCAGAGCUACAUGAGCGCGUCUCCGCCGGGCUACGGUGGCAUCACCGGCUACACCCACCAGCACCAAAGCUCCGGCGUGUCUCCGGUGUCCGGGGCCAUCGGCGGCACUUUGGGGUCUCUCGUGAAAUCUGAGCCGAGCGUCAGCCCGCCGGUGUCCACCGCGCGCGCACCGCCGCCGUGCCCCACGGGGGACCUGCGGGACAUGAUCAGCAUGUAUCUGCCGACCGGCGAGGUGGCGGGGGACUCCUCCGUUCAGAGCAGACUGCACGUGCUCCACCCGCAGCACUACCAGAGCAGCGGCUCCACUCCGGUAAACGGGACGGUUCCUCUGACCCACAUUUAAACCCCCCCACGUCCUGCAAGCACCACAAACCACAACCAAAUAUUUACACUCUAGAUGUGGGCGCGAGCUGCUGAUGAAUUGUAAAUUAUAGGCGGUUAUAGCCAUAAAAAUGCAAUCACUUUGAACAAACUUUUUUUUUUAUCGUUAUUAUUUUUUUUAUUUUCUUUCAGUGAUGGAUCCUUCUGUCUGUCCGAGUUUAAAGGAAAGCGCAUCCGGUUUACUAUCGCUCUCUGGAACAGAGCAUGCCAAGUGUUUUUUUGUUUUUCGUUUUUUUUGACACGAUUUAAAUUAUAAUCCGUGAAGUGCUGGUGCGAUUUGAAGGUUAUUUUUUCCUGACUUUUCUGUGGAAUUAAAGGCACCAGCGGUGUGUUUAAGGGAUCCAUAAAAGCUGUCCGAAAAAUGAGCGGAGGGCGGGAAAGGAAGAUGUGUUGGAGAAGAAGACUAAGAAGAAGAAAAAAGUUUCUAGGCUGCAGUUUUUAAAAUUGAUUUCCAGUUUUAAUGCUUGUAAACAUGUGAGUCAGUCGGUGUAAUUUGAAUUUUGUUUUUGUUGUUGUAAAAUCUUGUAAAUUGUGAAUAAAUAGGCCUACUGAAAA